AUGGCCACUUCCGCCGCCACAACCGCUGCAGUGUCGCGCCAGCUCUCGCAAAAGGAGCAAGACAUCCAAAUGAUGCUCGCAGCUGAGGUUCAUCUCGGAACCAAAAACUGCGACUUCCAGAUGGAACGCUACGUUUUCAAGCGCCGCAAUGAUGUGGUUUUAUCUCAUUUUGAGUUUGCUUUUCUAUUUUUUUAUUUUUUAAAAUAUGUGCAGCCCAUUAAGGAAGGUGCUCUUGAAAAUAUUCCAACGAUUGCCUUCUGCGACACUGAUUCUCCGAUGCGCUAUGUUGAUGUUACCAUUCCUGCCAAUAACAAGGGGAAGCACAGUAUUGGUUGUCUGUUUUGGUUAUUAGCAAGGAUGGUUCUGCAGAUGAGGGGUACUAUUCGUCCAGGGCUUAAGUGGGAUGUGAUGGUGGACUUAUUCUUCUAUAGAGAACCUGAAGAGGCCAAGCAACAAGAGGAGGAGGAAUUACCAGCUGCCCCAGAAUAUGCCAUUCAAGAUUUUGGUGCUGCUGGCAUUGCCGGCUUCCCUGCAGCUGAUGGGGAAUGGGGGGCUGUUACAGCUGAACAAUCCUGGACUGAACCAGUUCCUCAACAACCCAUUGCAGCUGCACCUGCUAACUGGGCCCCAGACGCCACUGCAGGUGAUUGGGAGCCAGUUCCAGCUCCACAGGCUUUCGUUCCUGCACCCGGAGGUGUUGCCCCCACUGGCUGGGAAUAAGCACUCUAAAGAUUUAAGCACAACUCAUCAAAACUGUUCUGAAGAAUUUUCUCUUCCAUUAGUGUGAUGUAUAUUGACACGAUUUUUAACAAAACUGUUAUUUUAGAGAGUACAUUUUGUUUUA